UAUAUAUGUAUGUAUGUAUGUAGCUAUGGUAGGACUAUUAUGCAUUUGGCUGUAUUACAUAGAUAAUAAUUUUCGGUCCACAAAACAUUUUUGAGCUAUGCACUGACACUUUUCUUUUUAGCUUCCGACAAAAUGAACUUCAAUGCAAUAGACAAGUUAAGUUCUGAACAUGUCACAAAUAUGCUUAAAGAAGUUCCCAACGCCGAAGCUACAAGGCAAUAUUUAAUACUGACUCGCAACAUAUUGGAUGCAUUCUUGUUAAAAGAAAUUAGUGUUGAAAGACGAGUAUACCUAAUUUGGUAUUCAACUUUUUUCAUGCGUAUUUGGAAAGCCUGGCUAAAAAAAAAUGGUGAAAAUAUCCAAAAGAAUUUUAUCACCACAAAUGCCUAUACAUGCAUAGAAAUAAACGCUCAUGGAAUUAUUUUAGUCAUUGAAAAACUUCGGCAAAAUGGAAUUUCAGAAGCUUUUCUUCCAUGGCUGUAUAGCAGUCAGCCAUGUGAAAAAGUAUUUAGAGAAACUCGGUCCAUGAGUAGCACAUUUUCAACUAUGAUAAAUUAUACACUGCUGGAUGUUUUAAGAAGAUUAAAACGUAUACAAGCUAUGCAUGAGAUAAGCACAGACUUAGGUCCCAAUUUUAGAUUCCCCAGGCAAGAAAACAAACGACUUGGAAAUAAUUCAAGUGUCUUUAAAGUAACUGAGUUUCCAUCAACUGAUGAAAUGAUUAACAUAAUUAAAAAGGCCCAAGAAGACGCACUAUCUGACGCUAAAAAAAUUGGGAUGGAAAUGAACAGGGAUUGUUGUAUAGAAAUUAAUUUACCGACUUGUGACAAUCCGGAAGAGCAAGAAGAGGUGCAGGGAAGUAUAAUUAUCACUGAUACCAUUUCAAAGGAACAUGAGCCAGACCUCGAGCCAGACUUUUCUAAUGAAGACCGGGAGUUUCUUGAAUAUACCUCUACAUUUAAUAAUUAUGACUCUUUACAUUUGAGAGACUAUACGGGUCAAAAGAAAGCACAAAAAUCGUGUCUGUCAGUGACACUUAAAGACAAAAAAACACGAAUUAUAAAAAAAUCUACUCUAAUUUGGUUUUUUCAGGAAAAACAGGGUCGUUUAUCAACCGACAGACUGCUCCGGGUAAAGGGAAUGACAGUUAAAAAUACGCAUAAGGGGUUAUCAAAAAAAAACAGUUCAGGAAAAAGCCAGGCCAAGGACUUCAACCAGCAGGCAAUAUCAAAAAAAGAAAAAUGUUUCGUCAACCUCAUGAACGAGCUCAUAAAGAUAGUACAUCUGAAUCUCGAUCUGAAUCAGAUGAGAUUAGCUUAGAAAGUGAAACUUUGAGUGAAGAUUUCUCUGACUUAGAAGAUUGCCAUAACGAAAGUACAAAAAUGCCAGUAAUUCAGCUAGAAUCUUAUUAUGCUGUGUUUUAUGAUACACAAUGGUAUCUAGGGCGUGUCAUCAACAGCUACAGCUCAGAAAAGUUUAAAGUGAAAUUUUUACAACAAGACCUGGAUACUUUUAAGUGGCCCAAAAAAGAUGAUAUCCAAGAUGUUCACAAAGAGUUUAUAUUUUAUGGACCAGUUAG